UCCCUCCUUCACAUUCAUCCAUUCAUCUCUUCCUCUCUUUACCUCUCUCAUUCUCCCCUCCCGAAAAAUGGCUUUUUCGAAGAUUUUGCUUCUUGCCUUCCUUGUGCCUCUCUUUCUCGGUUCUGCUCUUGCUCACGAGUUCUCGAUCGUGGGAUAUUCUCCCGAGGACCUGACCUGCAUGGACAAGUUCAUCAUGCUCUUUGAGAAGUGGAUAUCGAAGCACGGAAAGAUUUAUGAGAGCAUGGAGGAGAAGCUGCAUAGGUUUGAGAUCUUCAGAGAUAACGUGAAGCACAUUGAUGAGAGGAAUAAGAAACUCGAUGUUGAUAGCUACUGGCUUGCUGUGAAUGAGUUUGCUGACUUGAGCCAUGAGGAGUUCAAGAGCAAGUACUUGGGUCUCAAGGCUGAGUUCCCCAGAAGGAGAGAGUCCACUGGAGAUUUCAGUUACCACAAUUUUGAUGUAGUGGCAUUGCCCCAAUCUGUGGACUGGCGAAAGAAAGGAGCAGUAACCUCCAUCAAGAACCAAGGUUCAUGUGGUAGCUGUUGGGCAUUUUCCACUGUUGCUGCAGUCGAGGGCAUAAACCAGAUAGUCACAGGAAGACUAACAUCUCUGUCUGAGCAGCAGCUGAUAGAUUGUGACAAAUCAUUCAACAAUGGCUGCAGUGGAGGCUUGAUGGAUUAUGCAUUCGAGUUCAUAAUCUCCAACGGUGGCCUCCACAAGGAGGAUGAUUACCCCUACAUUAUGGAUGAAGGAACUUGUGCGGAAAAGAAGGCAGACUCGGACCUAGUGACCAUCUCCGGUUACCAUGACGUGCCAGAAAACAACGAGCAGGCUCUCCUCAAGGCAUUGGCAAACCAGCCUCUCAGCGUAGCCAUUGAGGCCUCCAGCAGAGAUUUCCAGUUCUAUAGCGGGGGUGUCUUCAACGGGCGUUGUGGAACUGAACUAGACCACGGUGUAGCAGCCGUCGGAUAUGGAACUCAGAAUGGGUUAGAUUACAUCAUUGUGAAGAACUCAUGGGGGCCAAAGUGGGGAGAAAAGGGAUACAUAAGGAUGAAGAGGAGCACAGGGAAACCAGAAGGAAUCUGUGGCAUUAACAAGAUGGCUUCAUAUCCUACCAAAAAGAAUUGAUUUGUUGAUUUGGAUGUCCCUGGUGACACAAGCUUUUAUAGUAAAAGCACUUCUAUCAUGUAUUUUUCACUCUUUCAUGUAUCAAAUUAAACACAAUGUUAUCAGGUCAGCUGAUUAAGAAAAGAAAUUUCUUAUUUCA